GCCCUUCUGGACCCCGCAUUCAGCCCAGCCGCAUGAUUGAUUCACCCUUAGAUCUACGGUCCUAAAGUGGUUACUCACUGGUGAGUAACAAAGGGUUACUCACCCUAUCUCAAGCCAUUAUGAUAUUGGUUAUGUAUGUUCAUUGUUACACUCGUGGAAAUUAAUUGACUAGUUUUGGCAGUUAGUUCGUUACUCUCCCCUGUUUUGGUAUUUCUUUCUUUCUUUCUUUUUGUAGUGUAGCUCCGUUCCAAGUGGAACCCUGGCCUUCUGUUUUUGGUGUUUACUCCAACUUCCAUAGUUCGCUUCGCUUCUCCAUGUAAUAAUCAAAAUCCCAACCACGAACCCAAAAACCCAAAAAAGGUGAAUGGAAAGCAAGCAUGCUCUCACUCCCUCCCAUUCUUAUUCUUCUGCUACUGCUGCUGCUUCACCUCUCAGCAACAAUGGCUUCCGCAGCAAAAGGGGUAGCAAUUGGUCGAUCCGGGUGCCCGACCCAAUGCGGGAACGUACGAAAGCCACUCACAAGGGCUUGAAUUUUGCACAGACUGAAGACAAGAAUACCAUGUGCGUAACAAAUGGGGAUCAUCGGGAAUCGAACACAAUUACAAUGCCACUGGACAAGGCCACCAACAAUUACAAUGCGAGCAGGUUGCUCGGUCAAGGUGCACAAGGCACGGUUUAUAAAGGGAUGUUGGAUGAUGGAAGAAUCGUCGCGGUGAAGAAAUCGAUGAUUCUUGGUGGAGGGAAGCUGAAGCAGUUCAUCAAUGAAGUCGUCAUUCUCUCACAGAUCAAUCACAGGCAUGUGGUUAAGUUAUUGGGUUGUUGCUUGGAGACAGAAGUUCCUCUUUUGGUUUAUGAGUUUGUACCUAACGGUACACUUCAUCAGUUUCUUCACAAUCAAACAGAGGAGCUUGUUUUGACCUGGGAUGUGCGUUUGAGGAUCGCCACUGAAGUUUCUGGAGCUCUAUCCUACCUACAUUCAGCAGCUUCGAUGCCCAUUUACCACAGAGAUGUCAAGUCCAAAAACAUCCUUUUAGAUGCUAAAUAUCGAGCCAAAGUAGCCGAUUUUGGGACUUCAAGGUCGAUCAAGAUCGAUGCGACCCAUCUGACAACUCGCGUCGAAGGUACCUUUGGCUAUAUGGAUCCCGAGUAUUACCAAUCAAAUCAGUACACCGAGAAGAGUGAUGUCUACAACUUUGGAGUAGUGCUAUUUGAGCUGCUAACGAGGAAGAAACCGGUGUCAUCAAAUGAUUCGUCUGAGGAAGUGAUGAGUCACAUCACAUCAUUUAUACUCUCAUCAACGGAUGAAUCCAAAUGGUUCGAGAUGAUUGACCCUCGAGUGUUGAAGGAAUCAGGAAAAGUUGAUGUACUGACAUUAGCUAACUUGACAAGAAAGUGUGUAUCUUUAACAAGAACAAGUCGUCCUACAAUGAAAGAAGUCACAAUGGUCAAUGGUAUUGGAAGGGAUUCCUAGAGAGUCGCUAGGGAGUUGUAUAAAUGUUGAAUACGAUUAUUAUUAUUAGAAUUAGAAUUAUUAUUAUUAUUAUUAUUAUUAUAAUUAUUAAACCACAAGUUUAAAAAAAUUACCAAAAAUACGAAAUUACUGUUCCUUAAGAAAAAAUCGGGACUUACUGUUCACAGAAAGGAUUUAUGAUCUGCUGCGGGUGAUCUUAGGUAAGCCCGAGUUCUGUCACAUUGGGCUGGGCAAGUAUGGCCAUUGAUUUCUUUAUUAUUUCUCCACAUGCACGUGCUAAUCUAGAAACAGCCACACCUGACACACACCACCCUCUUUUUCGUGCAUCCCUCUCUCCUCUUCGUUCCUGUUUCCCCCAUUCACCCUCCUUUACAAUUGUGAAAAAAAAUCCCUUUUCAUGUCUUCCGCCCAAUCUCAAUCAAAGAACCCGCUCGCCAUAUCAACAAUUCUUGAACACUUGAUAAAGAAGAAGAUCAAGUAAGAGCAAGAAGAUCUUAGAAACAAAACCCUAAAAAUGAUUAACCGGCUGUUAGAUGCUCACUGAAGUUACAGCAAUCGCCGCGCCGCACAGGUAAUCACCUGCCCGAGAAGAAGACGGAUCGUGCGCUUGCCGGAGCUAGGCUCGGUCUGAGGGCAGAGAUCACUUAGGAGGCUUCCUCUCUGAGCGCGCUCAACAGCUUUUGGAAGAAGAUGAGAGAUGAGUUGUUAGCUUCUUCUGUGAGAAAUCGAGGGUUCCUCUUCCUCACCACCGAGAAAUCUAAUCGAAGCCAUGGGAGAGUUGAUUUCCUGGUUUCGUCGGCCGACCUCAUCCUCUUUGAAUAAGGACCCCUACGUCGUUGUCCCCUUCUGACUUCCUGAAUCCUCGAUCUGGCGCUGCCUCUUUGAUUUCCUGGGUAUCGUACAACGGUUUGGAUGAAAUAGUUGACUGUGGAACUGGCAAUAAUGAUAGUGAUGAUGAAAGAUCAGGAGGUCAGCAGUGAAAAAUUGAUCAAAGAAAUCAUGCAUUUAACCCACCAUCCUCAAAUAGAAGCUUCAUCAGUCUUCUCUCUCUAAUUCCCUCUGUCUCUCUAAGUGCCAAGCUUUGGAUUUGGCUGGAUUAAUUGCAAUUUUGAAUUGGAAAGGAUGAGGUGUUGGAUUUAUGGACGUAAUAGGUUGCUCUCCCGUUGAAAUAAACGUGUUAGAACGGGCUAUUCCGAAUCGAAACAGAUGAGCAUGCAUGCGACUUCUCUUCUUCACUCGAAUCCAAAAGCAGAAAUUGAGACCAGCUUGCCUAGCCGCCACUUAGUGUUCCAACUCUCCAUCGGGAAACAGAGACAAAAUUGGCUCGGCAGUUUAGCCGAUUAGGAAGAGAAGAGUAGCCAAUGAAAUGAGGUAAAUGGA